AUGGGCUUACAGAUGCGUCCAGCUAUGGCGCGUAGCUUAGACAUGCGCCCAACUGUGAAUGACCUGCAGGAGGAAAAUCGAUGGGUGGCUUUGGCUGGAACUCACUGGCUCGGGGUGUCCAAACCGCGCAAGGUCAGGCCUGAGGUCAUCAAGAACGAUAUUUGGGAUCCUUUGGUCUCGGAAGGCUUUACCCUCCACUCUUUACUCCUGCUUGAGAACUUGCACAUUUUGGAAAAGUACUUAUGGCCCACGUAUUCGGAAAACGCUUCAAACUAUCACGUCCUACUAAUCGCAGUGAUUGUGGGAAUAAAACAAAGAGAAAAUCUUUCCUCAUGGCAUCAUUUCUCCGAUCGCCCAGCGGACUUCUCGAACCUUUUUCGCCGCGUUCUUUCUAUGAAUAUUGACUACACGUUGCCCAUGACCUCUAGAACCUAUCUCCUUUCAUUCAUUAUCAACGCUUUCCAGUCAUUAGAGAACCCCCAAAUGCGCAAAGAGUGUGCACCACUAGUGUCAAUUGCUAUUUGGCAAAAUCUCUUCAGUGCCGAAUUCCGAAAUAAGAUUCUGGAACAGUCCACAACUUUGAAACGAGCAUGGAGAGUAGCGACAAAAAGAUACGAUUUGGCUGACGAUAGUGGAAAAGCUAGGAUUCGAUUCGAGAGAUCGUGGCUUUACUCCAUGCUUCUCGACUUUCUAUCUCGAUUGAAUUCCAAAGAAGACGAAAAAGAGGAUAACGUCAGGUACUGCGAAAGAUUCCUAGAGUUCCUUGUCGAUUUAGAAAGCCAGCUCCCUACACGACGCUACGUGAAUGCUUUAUUGAAGGACUUGAAUCUACUACCGGUUAUUCGUAACUCACGUCUUUUUAAGAUCGGGAAAAAUUCUCUUUUUCGCGAUUUCUACAAUCUCCUGGGACAUUUCGUCAGGUUUCCCGUAGACGAUCAGUCAGGCCAGCAGCUUUCCCCACAGGAAGCCUAUGCUGUUCACUGCAAAGAAUUAACCCGGCUCCAAAGAAUUGCUAUUGGUCAAUUCAAGAAUACAUUGACUCUUCUUGCUCUUGCUAACUUUGGCGCCAUUGGGAGGCGCUCUGAGCUCGAGACCCAUCUCUUAGGUCUAAACGAUACUGAAUUGUUGAGCUUUUGUUUUGCCUUGGGGUUUAGAACUACCUAUCCUGAGCAUACGAAGAUAGUAGCGGACCGUUCCCUGCUUCUUGAAAUCAUCUUGUCUGCCUUCGAAUACCAUCCUUCGAUCCAGAAAAUUGCAUCUGAUCUUACUGUUUUCCCCAACGAAACAUCCCUAUAUGACCAGGCUUUAGUGAGAAGUGAAACAUUUGAUGGCUCUCGGCCUUUAUCAGUUCCAAAGCUGAAUUUGCAAUAUCUGACUUUAGGAGAUUUCUUGUGUCGAUCACUUUCACUUUAUCGGGCUGAAUCUUUUUUUGAAAUCAAGAGUGAUCUUGAAUCCAUCAUCAAGCGAAUGCAGCCUCGUGUCACCAGAGAAACUCAGGAGAUAAAAUUUGAAGGCUUUUCACGAAUGGCAAUACCGAUAUCUAAACCUGCGAUUAUAGAAGUGGCUCCAGCAAAAGUAGGGAGCAUCCAACCAGGCCAUGUUCGGGCAGAGAUUCUAUUAGAUGUUAGCCGACUGAACGACGGUGUCCGCCAAGAGUGGGAGUCUCUUCGUCCGGAUGACGUCGUAUUCUUGUUAGCAGUCGGUCCGAUAAACCAACCGUUUUCUCUUGAUUUGCACCCUGCUGCUAAACUGGGAGACGUUGAAAUCUUACGCGUCCGUUGUGCGGAGGUAGUACAGAUAUUAGAUGCGAAUGGCCGAGCGCUGCGUGAGUCUCAGAAUACCCAGCAAAAUAAUUAUUCUAGAUCUCGUCCCUUCCAACGAAGGUUAUUGGUGAAUCUGGACGCCAGCGCAUAUAAGGCAGAUUUGAAUCAACUAGAAACAAAGCAACCGGAUAUUUACAUGUCGAUUAACGUGUUGGUGCGACGAAAAAGCCGAGAGAAUAAUUUUAAGUCUAUUCUUGAGACGAUCCGAUCCCUAGCAAUCACCGACACCAAGCUUCCUUCGUGGUUAGAAGAGGUCUUCUUGGGGUAUGGCGACCCGCGCAGUGCAAGCUAUCCGGAAAUGGGAGCCAAGCUGAAGUCGGUUGAUUUUCGAGACACUUUUCUGCACUGGCAACAUCUUAAAGACAGCUUUCCGGGUCAUGUCGUAGAACCAAAGGAACAUGGUAGUUCUCCUUUUGGGCCACCGUACGUACUGGAGAUGAGCGAUUGUCAGCCAACGGCAGAAGCACUCAACCCGCCAAAAAAAAGAAGACGCAAUCACGACGAAUCUGUACAACCUGCUCGAAGUUUGAUACGAGCGUCCACCUACAAGCCUAUUAAUCAAGGUCCUUACCCAAUGGAUACUCCGAAGGUGAAUAAAAUACGAUUCACACCUGCUCAAGUAAAUGCCAUUGUUUCUGGCACACAGCCAGGCUUGACUGUAAUUGUCGGCCCCCCUGGUACAGGAAAAACAGACGUCGCGACUCAAAUCAUCAGCAACUUAUACCACAAUUUUGCCAAUGAGCGAACAUUGCUCAUCGCUCAUAGCAACCAGGCACUAAAUCAACUGUUCCAAAAGAUCAUUGCGCUUGACAUUGACGAGAGACAUCUUCUGCGACUUGGCCGGGGAGAAGAGGACCUCGAAAGCGAUGUUAGCUAUAGCAAAUUUGGCAGGGUUGAAUCUUUCCUAGAAAACAGAGCCGGGCUUCUUGCAGAGGUCGGCCGUCUGGCAUCGUCUAUAGGUGCAGAAGGCGCUCAUGGAAACUCGUGCGAAACAGCCGGUUAUUUUAAUACGGUUUAUACGCAACCUGCGUGGGCUAAAUUUUGGGAUAAAGCUAACGCAGCUACUUCACCAGAUGCCAUUAUCCAGGCUUUUCCAUUUCAUUCCUUCUUUUCAAAUGCUCCCCAGCCACUCUUUAGGAGCAAUGCUUCCUUAGAGGAAAUUUGGGAAAUUGCAGCGGGCUGCCAGCGCCACAUUGACAAGUUGUUUUCCGAACUUGAAGACAUCCGCCCAUUUGAAAUCCUGCGGCAACAGCGGGACAGGGCAAACUAUCUAUUAGUUAAGGAGGCUAGGAUUAUUGCGAUGACCUCGACGCAUGCUGCUAUGCGGCGGGAGGAGAUUGCGAAGCUUGGAUUUCAGUAUGAUAAUGUUAUAAUGGAGGAAGCAGCUCAAAUCACUGAAAUUGAGAGUGUGAUUCCAUGCGCCCUGCAAAACACAAAACGCGGAGAGUUGCCCCUGAAGAGAGUGGUGCUGUGCGGCGAUCAUCUUCAAAACUCGCCAAUCAUCCAAAAUAUCGCUUUUCGACAAUACGCUAACUUUGAGCAAAGUCUUUUCCUCCGACUAGUCAGGCUCGGUGUACCAACUAUCAACUUAGACCAGCAGGGCCGAGCCCGCCCAUCGAUUGCGGAGCUAUUUAAAUGGAGAUACGACAGCCUGGGUAACCUCUCCACAGUUGAGACUGAAAAGGAAUUCAAGACUGCCAACGCAGGAUUUAGAUACGAUUACCAGUUUAUUAACGUACCCAGUUAUCAGGGGGCUGGUGAAAGGGAACCGUCGCCACAUUUCAUUCAGAACCUUGGAGAAGCGGAAUAUGCUGUGGCCAUAUUCCAGUACAUGCGACUUCUCGGCUACGCAUCCUCUAAGAUAUCUAUCCUGACUACAUAUGCAGGGCAAAAGGCUCUGAUCAGAGACGUGUUAAGUCACCGAUGCGCAAAGAAUUCACUUUUUGGCUUGCCCAAGAUAGUGACAACGGUCGAUAAAUACCAAGGAGAGCAAAAUGACUAUAUAAUCUUAUCUCUCACCCGUACCAAAACGGUGGGUUAUCUUCGAGAUGUCCGUCGUCUGACUGUUGCACUCUCACGUGCGCGUUUAGGAUUAUACAUCUUGGGCCGGCGUGAAGUCUUUCAGUCGUGCUUUGAGCUGAAACCGGCUUUUGAUAUUCUUAGCCAGCGACCGGAUAAACUCAUGUUACUACCUGGAGAAAUGUUUCCAACAGAUCGAGCCCUUGACGCGGAGAUAGAUGGGACUCCAAUGGAGGGCAUUGAACAUAUGGGGCAGUAUGUGUACGAAAUGACCCAAGCUAUGGUCAAAGCUAUGGGGCAAGACGUGGCCGUUCUUCAUGCCACACCAAUAGAUGAUUCUGACCAGGGACCCGGCGAAGACGAUUAUGAGAAUGAUGCGGCGCGAGAGACUUUGUUGGAGUGA